AUGACAGAACGUGCGAUUUGGAUCUUCGCUACCCUAGCCGGGCAUAAGGGCACGCAUCCGGGCAACAGCUCUCACAUCUCAGCUCCCUUUCAGGUCUUCAGCGCUGGCUUUCAUCACUGGGGCAUCUUUGUUGCUGAUGAACUUGGCGAUCCCAGCAGGCCCAAGGACGAGAAGAAGUCAUACCUGGGCAGAUUCGCCAGCAACAACAGUGCUUCCAACGACAACAGCCAUGCCAUCCAGGGAACCUUCUUCGAACUGACAAGGGCCCGCGACAGAGACAUCGAUACCCUCACGAGGACCAGAGAUGUUCGCGAACGGGAGGAGCGAGACAACGCCAAGUGGAUCACUUUCGCCAGUACGGGAUGCACCACCGCAAGGACUGAUGACGAGAUCACAUAUAUUGGAAAACUCAUUUGCCGAGAGAAUAUGAGUAGCGAUUACGCCCUCGUCGGCGAGAACUGCCAGGACUGGGUCAAUAUCCCACAACGAACGCUGCAAGACAUUGGCAGUAAGCUAUCCUGGUCCAGAGCUGCAGAUCCAGGGCGAACGUAUGGCCACUCCACGGAUGCCGCCGCCCGAGUGCCCUUUGGAAUGACGAAUCCGGGACCUGGUCUUGGAACGGGUGCAUCGUCCUUGAGCAGAGAGGAGUAUCAGGCACAGGUACUCUCUCAAGCCCAGAAGCCCAACAACACCUCCCCAGAAUCCCUUGCCGUAUCGCCCCACAAUCCCACCAUCGAGAUGGUAGACCCAAAGGGGUUCACCGUACUCAUAUGCUCCUACAACGGCGAGCACCGACGGGCCGUGAAAGAGCUCGCCGAUUCCAUGCGAAUCCGCCCGACCUUCCUCGUGCGUAUGUCCUCGCACGAAGCACCCAUCGACUUCAGCAUCCGAAGAUUCAAAGAUGCCUGCCUCAUCGGCCUAGGAGGUAAGGACGCCGAGCUCGCCGUCAACGUCGGCUCCUCCUCCGUAGAGAGAAAAAACAACCCCGGUCCGUGGAAAGUGUCCUAUGGAGAAUCGUCGACCAAUACAAACUCAUCCGCGCCGAGCCAGAGGCGUACGACAUCUCGCACGGAUGGAUCGCGGAGCUCAGACGCGGAGUGGGUGAGAAGUGGCAUCUUUUGCUACGGUUCAGGACUGCGACGACGUCGCUUGAGCAGAGGGCUCAAGCGGAUGAGCAUUGGAGGUUUGCGCCGCGGAGCUCGAAGCCCACGAGGAGGGUGGAUGAGUACGAUACUUCGGCUGCUUUUCGGGAUUUGA